GAGGUUGUAUUGUUGACAUGUUGAGUGCUCUGGUUCGUUUAAUGUUGAUUUCAAGAUUUUAGUUUUCCACACGUUUGAGAAAACGUCUGUCUUUGUAACAUGUCAUAGAAUUUUAUGUGAGGAUCUUUCUUAGUCUAUGUAGUUAGCUGAUUUUUACUUUCUUACAAUUUUUGGGUAAUAUGAUGUAUUUCUGCUCGUGUUUUUGAAUUUACUGCAGGAUUUAUGAUUUAUUUUACUCUUGCUUUGUAGAUUCAGAAAAACAGAACUUGUUGAACAAAUCAUAAAAAGAAGAAAAUAUGGCUUCACAUUUCUGGCAGCGCGGUAGUGACAGUGAUAGUGAUAGUGACUCUGAGGAUGAGAUAAAUAGUGGUUUUGAUGGUGUUAAGGUUAUAAAAAAUCCAAGCAUAUAUCUAGAGCCCACUCUUAGAGAUGACACAAAGUCAACUCCUUGCGACAAUGAUGAGGCAGAUGAUGAAAAGCGAGUUCUCAUUCCUGCUAAGAAUAAGCGUUUCCAGGAGAUGUCUGCUACUGUUGAGCAAAUAAAGAAUGCCAUGAAAAUCAAUGACUGGGUGAGCCUACAAGAGAGAUUCGAUAAGAUAAAUAAACAGUUUGAGAAAUUCAUGCGUGAGGCUGGCAGGACUUCCAACAUCUAUGUAAAGGCCCUUGUGUUGUUGGAGGAUUUUCUGAGUGAGACUUUGUCGAACAAGGAAGCUAUGAAAAAGAUGAGCAGCAGCAAUGCAAAAGCAUUGAAUAGAAUGAAGCAGAGCCUAAAGAAGACCAACAAGCAAUAUGAAGAUCUGAUUAACAAAUUCAGGGAGAAUCCUGAGGCCGAAGAUGAAGGGGAUGAAGAGGAGGAACCUGUUCAGAAGCUGAAAGAACCUGAUGAACCUAGAACAGGAACUGAAAAACAGACUGAUAAGGUGGAUCAGAUGAAGGACAACUCUGAUCAUGGUGAUGAAUGGCAAGAAAAGUUUUGGAAGGAAAGUGAGAAAUUCAUGAAAAACCUAAGCGAGAUAACAUGGGAUACAGUGAACAAGAAAGUGAAAGAAAUCAUUGCUGUGCGUGGUAGGAAGGGAACUGGGAGAAUGGAGCUAGUUGAGCGGCUCACCUUUUUGAGUAGGGUUGCAAAGACGCCUGCUCAGAAGCUGGAGAUCCUUUUCAGUGUUGUAUCAGUACAAUUUGAUGUCAAUACUAGUCUUGUUGGACACAUGCCAAUAACUGAGUGGAAGAAAUGUGUGCAGAAUAUGUUUAUUAUACUUGAUAUUCUCACACAAUAUCCAAAUAUUUUGGUGGAUGAUACAAUAGAACCAAAAGAGAAUGAAACACAAAAGGGUCCUGACCAUAAGGGUACCAUUCGUGUAUGGGGUAACUUGGUAGCCUUCCUUGAGAGGUUAGAUGCCGAGUUUUUCAAGAUCUUGCAGGGUAUAGAUCCUUAUACGUUUGAAUAUGUUGAGCGGCUCAGGGAUGAGCCUUUGUUUUUGGCACUGGCACAAAAUCUCCAAGAGUAUUUGGUGAGAACUGGAAAUGUAAAAGCAGCAGCAAAAGUUGCCCUUAAACGUGUUGAGUUUGUGUAUUAUAAACCUCAAGAAGUUUAUUAUGCAAUGAGGAAAUUUGCUGAACAAUCAGAAGAACAAAACGAUGAAGCUGCAGGUGAGACAUCCAAGGGGGCUGAUGAGGGUAAGGGCACCCCUUUGUUUGUAGUAACACCUGAACUCUUGCCUAGAAAUCCUAGUUUUCCGGAUUGCAGCAGGGCCUUUAUGGAUAGCUUAGUUUCUCUCAUUUACCAAUUUGGAGAUGAGCGAACUAAGGCUCGUGCUAUGCUGUGUGAUAUAUACCACCAUGCCGUUAUGGAUAAUUUUUCGAUUGCUCGUGACUUGUUGCUGAUGGGUCACUUACAAGACACAAUUCAACAUAUGGAUAUUUCAACCCAGAUAUUGUUCAAUAGAGCUAUGGCUCAGCUUGGUCUCAGUGCUUUUAGGGAUGGUCAUAUUGCUGAAGGACACAGUUGCCUUUCUGAAUUAUAUUCAACUGGAAGAGUGAGAGAGCUUCUUGCACAAGGAUUCUCUCAAAGCCGGUAUUAUGAGAAGACUCCAGAGCAGGAAAUGAAAGAAAGAAGACAACAGAUGCCAUAUCACAUGCACAUCAAUCUGGAACUCUUGGAAGCAGUUCAUCUGACCUGUGCCAUGCUGCUGGAGGUCCCCUAUAUGGCUGCGAACACCUUUAAGUCUCAGCACAGGGUCAUAAGCAAGACGUUCCGUAAAUUGCUUGAAGCUAGCGAGAGACAAACAUUAUGUGGCCCACCUGAAAGUGUGCGAGAUCAUGCUGUGGCUGCUACUAGAGCUCUCAAUCAGGGCGAUUUUCAAAAAGCCUUUGAUGUCAUAACAUCGCUGGCCAUAUGGAAGCUCCUGAGAAACAAAGAGACUGUUUUUGAAAUGCUGAAAUCCAAGAUGAAGGAAGCUGCCUUAAAGACUUAUCUAUGCAGUUACUGUGCUUCUUACUGCAGUUUUCUUAGCCUUGAUCGGCUGUCUAAUAUGUUUGACCUCUCAGAGGCUCAGAUACACAGCACUGUGAGCAAGAUGAUGGAUUCUGAAGAGCUGUGCGCUUCAUGGGACCAGCCAACCCGGUGCAUCAUCUUCCACCAGGUUCAGCACACUAGUCUGCAGAAUAUAGCUUUCCGUUUGGUCGAGGAGGUGUCUUAUUAUCUCACCAAUAAUGAGCGAGCAAUGGAGGUCAAGUUGGGUGGUGGUACGUUGGAUGGUUUGUCUCUCAGGAGGAAAGAAGGAUCAGAUUAUACUGAGGUUGCCUCUGCAGGCAGUGAAAGUAGGUUGCUAGAUAAUGCAUAUUCCAAAAGGAGGUCAGUUGGCCGUUUGGUAUAUGGUGGAAAGACAUCAACUACUGGACAGAUUAAUACAAGCGGAGCAAGCUCUUCUUCCAUGCCAGGAUUUCAAACAGAUUCUUCAGCUCAGAUGGUUUGGCUUAACCACAGGGUUUGUUGAUUUAAUGAUGCUUUCAGCCUACAAAAACUAAGUUCCUUUCCUCAGUUGAAUACAUUUGCAUCUCUUGCACUCUUUGUAAGGUUUUUAGUUUUGAAACACGUAAUUACUUUUUCACAAAGAAAGUACGAAUUUAUCUGUUGUUUUUGGGUGUUUACAAUGAUUUUUGUACUGAUAGCUAUUGUGAAAGUGCAACACCAAUACACCAUCCAUUUU